CGGCAGGUUAUAAUAAAUACAAAGACGUAGAUAGGUUGGUGUCCAUUUAUUGAAGAAGGCUUAAUGGUACAAAACAUACUUAUUUAUAAUAUUAGUGCACUACGUAGUUACACACACACACACUUAUAAAAUAUAACACACAAUAUUAUUACAAAACAUCAGCAUUUCACGUGGCCUACUUUCGUGUCAUUCAAUGUUGCGUUGUAUUAUUAAUACAUAUUUAUUAAAUUAUUUUCAUACUAUCACACGCCCCCCAAAAAUCUCCAUUACACCCCUCUCCUCAAAAAAGAAAAAAAAAAGUGUUACAUUUUUUUUUGAACCACAUACAUUCAGCUAAAUAUUAUCAUUAUAAAGUUUCGUAUUAUUCUUAUGUACUACGUACUCUCUAUUAUUUUUUAAUAUCUUUACAUUAGGUGACAAUUCCUCUAUUACUUCAUAAGGGCCGUUAUACACUCUAUCUAACUUAUCUCUUAUUUGAUUUUUUACCAAAAUUAAAUCUCCUUUUUUAUAUGUUAUCGGGUAACUAUUUUUAUCAAAUGUAGUUUUUCUACAUAAUUUAUUAGUUAAUAAAUUUUUUCGCGCAUCACACAGUGCUCUUUGUAGUCUAUGUCGAAGUUCCUUAGGAUAGUCAUCAUAGUUAUAUAAGGGAGUUACAGAGUCACUUAAGUUACUAGGUAAAAUACAAUUUUUUCCAAACACUAGCUCGUAGGGAGUAUAUUUUGUUUGCGUGUGUACCGAGGUGUUGAAUGAGAAACACCAGUACGGAACCCAACUACUCCAAUUGCUUUUGUGACUCUCACAUUGUAUUCUUAGAAAAGUGCCGAGAUGUUUGUGAGUAUUUUCUAACGAUCCCAUAGUUUCAUGGUGAUAUGCAGUGGACUGUAAUUUUUUAAUACCUAAUAAGCUACAUAUUUCGGUCAUAAUUUCGUUAAGAAAUUCUGUUCCCUGGUCUGUAAUUAUUUCUUUUGGGAUUCCAUAUCUAAGGAUAAAAUUAUUUACAAAAGCUCUCGCUACUGAUUCGGCGUCUUCGCGCUGCAAGGGAUACGCUUCAACGAACUUUGUUAGGUCGCACUGUAGAGUUAGUAUGUACCUAUGAUUGUAAUCGUCAACUUGUAAAGGUCCCAUUAUAUCUAAACUAAUUCUUUCGAAAGACGAAUUAGGGGUAGUCGUUAAUGACAUAGGUUCCUUAAUGUAUCUAUUGGUGUAUUUAUUUAUUUGACAAAGCUUACAUUUAUUGACAUAAUUAACGACAUCCUUUGUAAUGCCUGGCCAAAAAUAGUAUUUUUUAAUAUUGUUUAGCAUUCUAUUUAUCCCAGCAUGCCCACUGGUGGGCAACAAGUGGAAGUCAUUUAAUAUAACUAUCUUUUCGUCCUCAUUUCUGAUACGCUUAACAUCUUUAGUUAUCAAUAAUCGCGGCCGACUCAACUUUAUUUUUUUAAUUGUACUUGCAAGUAACUUAAUAUGUCCUUCAUAUAUUUUAUUUUUGAUAAUAAGCAAUUCUAAGAUAUUUAACUUACUACAAAAACUCUCUAAAUCUCUCGCUAACGCUUCUACAGCUGAUAGCGAUCGAGCAUUUAGAUAAAUUAUUGACCGCUUUGGUACAUAUACACAAUUUCCACUUGAGGACGUAAAAACUUCGUCGUUUCCGUCAUAUUUGACCGAGUGACUAAAACAUAAUUCGAUAAUAUCCGGUGGUGGCUUGAGAAUUUCCACGGCCAAGGGGUGAUCAGUCCCAUGACUAUGCAAAUUUUCAGGCUUGCUAUAAUUCUCUAAGUCACAGUUUUUAUUACGACUAUUUUUUUUUGUUUGUGCUCUAGUAAGUACUGAUACUAAGUGUUCACGCAUAUUUUUUAAAUCGUCCGAUGUCACCGGGAUGCGACUCAAUGCGUCUGCAGCCGCGUUGUGUCGUCCUGGGACAUAGCCUAUCUCAAAAUCAUAUUCCUCUAAAUAUAAACGAAAUUUAGUUUGCCUACUGGAAGGAUCUGUCAUAGAAAAUAAAUAAAUAAGAGGCUUGUGAUCGGUUAGAAUUUGGAAUUUCCUACCAUAUAAAUAAGGUCGAAAAUGCCUCACUGCCCAAACUAUGGCUAAUAGCUCCAAGUCUAUAAUCGGAUAUCGCGUCUCAGCGGGCUUUAAACUUCUACUUGCGUAUGCAAUAACUCUAUCAUUCCCAUUGGAUAAUAUUGCACCUAAACCUGUUCUUGAGGCAUCAGUCUGCAAUUUAAAAAUAUUAUUUUCAGAAAAGUCGGGAUAAUCCAAAACUGGGGGUUUUAUUAAAGCAGAUUUUAAUUUUUUGAAUGCUUCGUCACAAUCAGCUGUCCAAUUAAAUGCAACAUUCUUUUUACAAAGUCUAUUUAGUGGAUGUGCAAUUUCAGCGAAAUGUAAAAUAAAUCGUCUAUAAUAGUUAGCGAAGGCCACGAAUCUUCGGACCUCGUCAACGUUAGUCGGUGUCGGAUAACUUUGCAAGGUUGUUAUUUUGCUUGGAUCAGGAAAUAUGCCUUUACUUGUUAUUUUAUGUCCUAAGUAUACUAUCUCUGUUCGUAAAAAUUCACAUUUUAAAGGGUUUAGUUUUAAAUUAACUUUUCUUAAGCGUUCUAACACAGAAAUUAGGUUUUUAUUAUGAUUUUCUAUACAAUUUCCUAUAACGAUACAAUCGUCUAAAUAAAUAAAACAUUGAUUAUAAUUCAAUCCAGACAUAGCUAUAGUCAUCAAUCGAGAAAAUACGCUAGGACUAGUUUUAAGUCCCAUCGGACAACGCUUCAUUUGGUAUAUUUUAUCAGCUGUGAAAGCGGUGCACUUACGUGAAUCGGGAUGAAGGGAUAAUUGGUACAUUCUAUCUAAAUGGAAAGCAGUGUAUUUUCUUGAAUUUUCAUUUAAAUUUAAUUGAUAAUAACUUUGGGACAAAUCUAAUUUUGAAAAAUACAUAGAAUGUGAUAAGGAAUCUAAAAUAUCUGUAAUAUUGGGAAGUGGAAAUUUAUCAUCUUGAAUUCUAUUAUUUAAUUGCCUAUAGUCAACGACAAACCUAUACUUCUUUUCAUUAUUUUUGUCGGUCUUUUUCGGAACAAGCAAGACGGGACUAGACCACUCCGAGGUGGAUUCCUCAAUAAUAUCGUUGUCUAACAUAUCCUGUAUUUGUUUACGUAACUCUGGUUUUAAAGAGUGUGGUAUUCUGUAGGGUUUUAUAUAAACAGGAGUCGCAUUAUCCUUUAAAGUAAUUUUAUGCUCCAUUAAAUUAGUGACUGACAGUUUAUCACCUGGGAGAUGAAAAACGUCCGCGUACUUAGCGCAAAUAGACUCAAUGCUAAGUCGUUCAUCUUUGUUUAAAUAACCUAGGUUAAGAAGCUCAAAUAAUGUUUUUACACGAUUUACGGAAAUUUCCCUUUCCGAAAAAUUACAAACAUCGAAAUGAUGCAAACUAUGUACUUCUAAAUGAGAAAAAUCAUAAAUUAGGUCAUUUUCCGUCGUAUUUAAUAUUCUAAUCGGGAUAAGCCCGUUUCUAGGCCUCGACAAAACACCUGCAAUAAAUACUCCCUCUCUUAUUUCAUUCGCAAGGACGACACAAUCGUCGAUUAUAUUCGUAGGUAUGAACUUAAUAGUUUCACACCUCGCAGGUAUGUUGUGUUUAUACCUGUUAUUUAUACACAUACUUAUCGAUUUAGACGACUGAGUUAGGCUUAAAAUGCCUUUACCAUAAUCAAUUAACGCUAAAUAUUGUUUUAAAAAGUUAUCACCUAUUAUUCCAUCUGCAGAGCAUGACAGGUUCUUAAAUACGUAAAAUUUAUGUCUAAAAGUCAUACUGUUACUACUUAAUUCUAAAUAAAUGUAACCUUCUGAUAUUAACCUACCGCUAACACCUCUAAUAGUUAGUCUUUCGGGAACAAUUUUAUUUUUCAAAUCACUAAAUACCUUAGCUAAAUAUUCAUACUUAAUUACACAUAAACUGGCACCAGUGUCUAUUAAUGAAUGUAUUAUCCUAUCUCCUAAACUAAAAGCUACCGUACUCGAAGUAUUAUAAUUGAGAACUACAUGCUCUGUUUUCGUUUGAGGAACGAAAAAAACUGACUCUCACUCAUGGUUGAGGUUGGAGCUCGAGGCUGCCUUACCUCAGUGUCGCAGUACGUAUGGUGGACACGGGAAUAGCCUCGUGUACGGGGCUGAUACUGCGCGCCUGGCGUUGACCAGCGCGCGCCCGCGGAGGGUACACCUCGACCUCGAGCGGAACCACGUUGCGGCACAAACGUGCGCGGCGCGCUCACAUUAUGCGACUGGAUCGGGUUACCGUAUUGAGCACGCGAGUUACUAUAAUAAUUAUUGCCAAUAUUUCUACCGCGGAACCCUUUAUUAAUAAAAUGAAAUGUUUUCGUGGACUUAGGGUGGUGACGAAAAUUCAUAACUUGUUCCCCACUGGUAGAAAGCGUUUGCUCGUCUAUAGCACUACGGAUUGCCUCGGGAAGAGAAAGAAAUUCCUUUGAUGCAAUAAUAAUACUCAAUCUAGAGUUUGUCAAACCAUCGGCAAAGCGUUUUAUAGCGAUCUUUUCAUUAAUUGGUCGCAAUACGUCAUAUUUUGAACUAUCGCCAUCGGCCUGUGCUAAUGUCAAAUUAGAGAAGAUAUCUUCUAGUUCAUUACCGAAUGCUUCUAUUGACCUAUUUCCCUGUUUUACAUUUUGUAACCGAGACUGGAGAGCGACUGCCGAUUUUUUUUGUACUAAAUAAUUUUUCAUGUCAUUGAGCAAUGAAUCAACUGUAGUAUAGCUACCACGUAAGCGAAGUUUCGCGCUAGGAGAUAAUCUUGUUUUUAUAACAAAAUCUAUAAGACAAUUUUUCGAUGUCUCAUCAAGUUUAGAACUAUACAUUUCUAUACCGUCGAUUAAUUGUUUGGUGACAUGUUCCUGACCAGUCAUUAUGGGAAGUAAACUAAUAGCCGUUUUAAAGUCAAAGGCCAUUGUAUCUGCCAUUUUUGUAGUUUUAGAACUAUCGGGAUUUCUAGUUGAAAAAGUAACUAAUUUAUUUAUUUCACUAUAAAUUAAAUGAAUAUUAUUUACUAUAGAAUUAACUUCAAUAAGAUCUUCGGCACUUAUCUCAGAAUUAUUAAUAUUAGCUUUAAUUUCACACAAAAUAUACUCUAGUUGCAAAUAAAUGACAUUGGCUUCUUUUAAUUUAGUUUGACCGAUUUCUUUCUUUCUACGUUCAGGGCCUAUUUUACUUAAAUAUACUUUUAUUUCCUGUAACUUACUAUAUAAUUCAACUAAUUUAUGAGACAUAACUAUCUAUUACUUCUAAUUUAAUAAAAUAACUCAUAAUUGAAUUCUAGAAAUAGCAGCUAAAUUGUACCUACAUAUAUUUUCUUCCAAUUCACUUGCUGACGUCACGAGCUGCGGCGGGCGGCGUUCUUGUGGCGGUCACGUUCUGCUGACAUCAAACAACGUGGCCCGUGCUGCUAUUCCUGUUGACGGCCGGGACGGGGACUUCCUAAUUUGAUGGUCUUGCUUGCAUUUCCAAGGUGCUGUGGUUGAGCUCCCUUCUCAACGAAAGAAUAGCAUUUCUUCGGCACUUCUUGUACAAUAGGUAUGCGGCAGCGACGAACAGAAUGACGAAUAGCGUGAUGAGCAGGAUCUCGGUAAGGUUCAACUUGGUCUCCGUUACUUGAGCGCUUCCACCGGCGUUUUGAGCGAUGAUAAUUUCUUCUUUGGACUGUGAGCUACGGCACAUUGUUAUUGGUAAUUGGCGCGAUUGCUCCAAAAAUAAGAUUCUUCAUAAUAAUUUUCAAUCUUCAAACUUCUUCUUACUUGACGUUCAGUUUCAAUAUCUUCUUUCUUCAAUUUAUUUCUAUAAUUUUUCUUCCAAAUUUCGCAGGGUCGCCAUGUGGUAUGUUGGGUGAUGGCGGCAGGUUAUAAUAAAUACAAAGACGUAGAUAGGUUGGUGUCCAUUUAUUGAAGAAGGCUUAAUGGUACAAAACAUACUUAUUUAUAAUAUUAGUGCACUACGUAGUUACACACACACACACUUAUAAAAUAUAACACACAAUAUUAUUACAAAACAUCAGCAUUUCACGUGGCCUACUUUCGUGUCAUUCAAUGUUGCGUUGUAUUAUUAAUACAUAUUUAUUAAAUUAUUUUCAUACUAUCACACUAGUAUGAGCGUACCGUAUUUACCCUUUUUGUUUUAAUUCGUUUUGAUUCGCCUAUUAUAUUAAUUAUUAGGUACUCCCUUAUAAAAUUUGGAUUAAUUUCGAGCAGGAAUAUCCUCAGCAAGAAUCUAAAAAUUCAGCAGAAUUCAGCCCAAGGUGGAUAAGUCAAUUUUAUUUUACUUCUUGUCUAGCGGUGAAACAAUUUCAUACAAACCUCUUUAGUAUAUUUUAGUAUGAAAUCGAAGAAGAAUAAAGUGAUCAAAUCAAAAACAUGUCAAAAGUCAACACAAUAGCCAGAAAAUUCACCGUUCUUUAUAGUUUAUAAUAAAAAAGGAAAAAAACACAGACAUGCAAGCCCCAAGUUUACUCCAGAGAACUAAAUUCCUGUGGUCAAAUAUUUUCACGCAACGACCAUUGACUCCUGAGCACACAGUUCUUGUUCGGUUGUACGCGAAGAAGUCCAGUGAUGAUUGCCAGAAAGCUAUAGUUGAUAUGCCUCCAGAAGUAGAUCCUGACUGCCCUCAGCCCUGUGAGAGGAGACAAAAGAAGAAGAAGGGGAUACUGCACAAAAUCAAAAUGAAGGUUAUUGAAGGCGGGACAAACUUUGGCACGCCGUUUCGCCGCGUGCAAUGUCAGCCAAAGGUUUGCAAAGAGUCCGAGCAGCCCAAAGCUCUGCCAGAACCGAAGAAAAAACUGCCUUCAGUGCCGGCGCCUCGCCCAGGGGUACAAGUAUCGAUACUUGGCGCCGACACGGCUAUAGGCCAGUAUUUGGCCUUACUACUCAAGCAAUGUCCUUGUAUCAAAAAAUUACGUCUUUACGAAGCCACAGAUACUCAGGGUUCACCUUGCAACAGGGAACUUUGCAAUGUCGUACAGGACCUGAAACACAUUGACACAAACUGUCAAGUUCAGGCAUUCAGUUGCGCCUGCUUCGAACUGGAGAGAUGCUUACAGAACAGUGAUAUAGUUCUCAUGCUGGAGAGCGGCUACAUCAGCGUCGAUAUGCCGACGGAGAAGAGGUUUUGCUACCAAGCUCCCAUAGUGAAGAAGUAUACUGAUGCGAUAGCCGCGGAGUGUCCCAAGGCGUUUCUAAUAGUCUGCGCCACGCCUAUAGAUUGCAUGGUUCCACUCGUUGCCGAGACGCUAAAAGAAACAGGUUGGUACGAUCCACGCAAAGUGUUGGGAUCGCUGGCAGUCCCCGAGAUGCGUGCGAGCACAUUGGCUGCGCGAGCGUUGUGCCUGGAGCCAAGGUAUACGCGAGUGCCUUGUGUUGGUGGGACGGAGGGUGAUGCUUUGGUGCCGCUGUUCUCCAAAGCCGUGGAAUACUUUGAUUUCGCUAAGCAUAACGCAGAGCUGAUGACGCAUACAGUGCGUACUGCUCCAAUGACCGUAUCUCGAUGCUCCGGCAUGUGUUCCAAAGCGGCUGAUCUGAGUGAAGCUCAUGCUAUUGCGGGACUAGUCACCAAAGUGGCUUACGCCCUACUUUGCAAAGAUGUACCGAGAGUCACUGGUUUCGUGGAAACUGAUCCGAGUCAUGUAAUAUCUCCAGCCAGAUACCUAGCCGUUGACGUUCUUCUUAACGACAAAGGUAUAUGCACCAAAUUCGACAUCCCAAUAUUGAAUAACUACGAGAGAGACCUGGUGGAAAAAGCGCUUUCUCACAUCGUCACAAAUGUGGAGAUGGCACAACAUUGGCACAUGGCUUAUUUAAAACAAGAAUUGGUGGAGUGUAAAAUGGCCAUGAUGACACAGUGGUUCCAUCCGAAAGACUAUGAUCAUGUGAAGAAGAUUUGUCACUAUGGUUAAACUCAGUUGAAAUCGUCAAGGAUGGCCGAUAAGUCCUGAACUUAGAGAAUGUGUCGCAUAAAAUAUGACUUGAUAUCGAAUGUUUAGUAAGAACUCUAGUAAUAAGAUGUAACAAAAUCAUUUGUAUCUUUAGUGAAAACGUUUUGUUGGGUACUGUUGCAGUCUGUGAAAAAAAACCUUAAAAAUUGGAAAUAAUAAACCGUGG